AUGGCUCCGUUACGAGUACCGACGGACUUUUCGGAGUUGGUGGACUUUUAUAACUUUUCAACGCAGCAUCCAGAGCGGCACUUUCGCCACAAGAAUCAUUCGCGCGACCAUUCCAGGAACCACGUUGUGGACGCUUUGUCGAACUCCAUAAUGGAGGUGAUAAAUACGAGGUUUGUUCCUGAGAAUGCUAUGUUGCCUGAUAUGGAGCCCCUGUCGACUCAUAUGGAUAGUCCAUUCAGUCAUGAUAAAAUGAAUAUAACUAUGAACAGGUCGGAUUUUGGUGUGGUUGAGGACGAGUUUAUCUAUAGACAUAAUAGUGCAAUGACAGCGGUCUACUGUGUGGCUUAUUUGCUGGUUUUUCUUGUGGGACUUGUGGGUAAUUUCUUCGUUAUUGCUGUGGUGUACCGCUCGCCCCGUAUGAGAACUGUAACCAAUUUCUUCAUUGUGAACCUAGCUGUGGCUGACAUAUUGGUGAUCGUGUUCUGCCUUCCGGCGACGCUUAUGUCUAACAUCUUUGUCCCUUGGGUUCUGGGCUGGCUUAUGUGCAAGACAGUGCCGUACGUGCAGGGAUUAUCAGUCGCCGCCUCUGUCUACAGUCUCGUUGCGGUCUCACUCGACAGAUUUCUCGCUAUCUGGUGGCCCCUCAAAUGCCAGAUCACGAAGCGGCGAGCCAGAAUGAUGAUUUUCUUUAUCUGGGUAUUCGCAAUUGUCGUCACUGUGCCCUGGGUGUUUUUCUUCGACCUGGUCGUGGUAUUUGAUGAGAGCCCCCACGUUCAUCUCUGUUUGGACGUCUGGCCCAAUCCCAUCAGUGAGGUCCUCUACUUUGUCAUCGGCAAUCUUAUCUUCUGCUACAUACUCCCCAUGGUUCUCAUAACUAUGUGCUACAUCCUCAUUUGGAUCAAGGUCUGGCGUCGCUCCAUCCCUACCGAUACUCAGGACGCUCAAAUGGAAAGAAUGCAGCAAAAAUCAAAAGUUAAAGUUGUCAAAAUGCUCAUCGCCGUCGUCAUAUUAUUUGUCCUUUCCUGGUUUCCUCUAUACCUAAUAUUUGCAAGAAUUAAAUUGGGUGGACCGAUACAGAAAUGGGAGGCGGAAAUGUUACCCAUUGUAACACCACUAGCGCAAUGGUUGGGUUCUUCCAACUCUUGCAUAAAUCCCAUCUUGUACGCGUUCUUUAACAAGAAGUAUAGGAAAGGUUUCGUUGCGAUUGUCAAGAGUAGGAAAUGCUGCGGACGGCUCCGUUAUUAUGAAACUAUUGCCCUACAAUCAUCAAGUACGUCAACGAGGAAAUCGUGGCAUUACAAUAAUAACCAUGCAUCUAUAACUCGUCGCUCGCCGCCCGUUGACAAGAAUGCUGUGUCAUUCAUCUUCAACCACACUGGAGUUUAAUUUGCCUUGUUAAGAG